CUUAGCUUCACCCCCAUUUUUGUCACUGGCAGCUCCCCUCCCCUCCACUUUCAGGAUAGCUGAGUAUUUCAACUGACAGUACUUAGCUUAUUUAUCCACUUCCCCAGAGUGCCACCUGAUCUCUUCAAUUCGAUUCACAAGGAACACAAAACAACACCUACAAUAUGGCCCCUCCCAUCCACAUCAAACAACCUCAAACCCGCCCCGAACAAUGUCGCCUUAACAUAAUAAUCAUCGGCGCUGGCCUUGCCGGCCUCGGUACCGCGAUUGCCUGCGCCCUCGCCGGCCACACCGUUCACAUCCUCGAAGCCACAUCGUCGAUCCGCGAAGUCGGCGCCGGCAUCCAAGUCCUCCCCAAUAGCGCACGAGUCCUCACCCACUGGGGUCUGUUGGAGAAGCUCACCCCACACAUGACAGUUCCCCGCCUCUGCAAUUUUCGGGGCUGGAAGGGCGAGGUGAUUAGCAGUUUGGAUUUCCAUGCCUCGGAGGCGCAGUACCCCGGGACGUGGUAUCGGGAUUUUCAUCGCGCGGAUUUGCAGCGGUGUUUGCUGGAGCGGGCGGAGGAGCUGGGAGUGCUGAUGACGUGUGGGGUUCGGGUUGUGGAUGUUGUGCCCUCGGUUGAUCCUGAGGGUGCGUCUGGGGGGGCAGGAGAUACAGCGACGGCGGUCGCAGCGGACGGGCGGGAAUGGAGGGGGGAUUUGGUGAUCAGCGCGGACGGGGUAUUCGGGACCCUGAGCGCGAAGAUGCUGCAGCGAGACGACCCCCCGGUCAAAACCGGGGACCUGGCGUAUCGUCUGCUACUGGAUACGAAGAAGAUGUUGCAGGAUGAGGAGUUGAGGGAUUUCGUCGUCAACCCGCAGGUGAAUUAUUGGUUGGGGCCGGGGAAACAUGCUGUGAAUUACGUCCUCCGUCAAGGCGAACUCUUCAACAUGGUCCUCCUCGUCCCCGAUGACAUCCCUGAAGAAUCCCUCGCCACCACCGUCGAAGGCAACGUCGAGGAAAUGUGCGGCUUGUUUGAAGGCUGGGACCCCAAAAUCCAAAAACUCCUCAAACUGUGCCAGUCCGUGCAGAAAUGGCGGCUGUGUAUCCGCUUCGGGGACUGCGAGUGGGUGCACCCCUCCGGAUCGUGGAUUAUGCUCGGCGAUGCAGUGCAUGCGACACUACCGUACCUGGCUUCAGGGGCCGGCAUGGCAUUCGAAGACGGCGCCGUCCUCGGAGAAUGUCUCUCGCGUCUCCCGUCGGAUCCAGCGGUGGAUAAAUCCUCCCCUGCCUUCCUCGAGGCAAAGCGCCAUGCGCUGGCGGUUUUCGAAAAGUGCCGCAAGCAACGAACGAAGAUGGUGGUGGAGAGAGGGAAUGUGCAGCAGUAUCUGUAUCACUUGGACGACGGGCCGGAGCAGGAGGAGCGAGACCGCAAAAUGCGCAUGGUGCCGACCCCCGAGGGGGAGGCGCUGGCGUGGAGAGAUCCCGGGUUGGCGCCGAAGUUGCUGGGUUAUGACCAUAUUGCUGAUGUGGAUCGGAAUUGGAGUUUGGGUGAGAAGGAGGAUGUGAGGGAGGCGAGGCUGUAGGAGGAAGGAUGAGAUCAGACUGUCUUGUCUUGGCAACCUGUAUACAGGAUAAUAUAUCAAGCAUUUUGGAUAUGUCAGCCACGUGCUGGACG